AUGGCUUCACCUAAUGGUUUUUUUAACCACUUAACCUAUUUUCUGGCUGCUGGUGCUGUUACUUUGGGAAUUGGUUUCUUUGCUUUGGCAUCAGCUUUGUGGUUCCUGAUUUGCAAACGAAGAGAAAUAUUUCAAGAUUCCAAAUUUAAAACAAUUGAUGAGAGAUGCAGACAAAGACCAUCAAAGGCAAAGAUUAAAUCUCAUUCUCAGUGUGUUUUUAUUUCUCGAAAUUUUCAUACUGGAAAUUUCCAAUUACAGGAGGAGCAAAGAAAAAAGGAAACAGCACACAUAAAAGCAAUUAAAGAUUAUUCUAAAGAUGAAUUCUGCCUUGCAACAAAAAAGGUCAUUUGUGACCCCUCAGAGACUAGCUCGGCAACAAAUCCCAGCAGUGUUACCUUAAGCUUAUCAACGUUACCAUCUGAUUCUUAUUACAGCCAAAGUAUAGAAGUAGCUGAUGACUGGUUUUCUGAUGAUUCCCUAGUGAAAAAGAGCCCUCCAAUGCCUUUUCUCGGGGAGCCUGUAAUGGAGAAAGUAUUUUCAUACUUGUCAACCAUUCCAUUAGAAGAAUGUACUGGAAAUGUACUAAAUAUGACACUUUAUGAUGAUCAAAAAGGUGACAACAUUAAGGGAAUAUUUACACGAAGAAAUACAGAGGUUGAAAUACAAAACCUUCAACAUAAUAUUGAAUGACUUUUUUCUUUUGAAACUUUGUGUACACUGAAAUCAUGUAAAGUUAAAACUGAAUUACUAGCUUCUGAGUCUCUUAACAUG